GUAAACGUGAUCCGACCGCCAACCCGUAGAGACAGUCUCGCGUCCGCGCGCAAACUUACGCGUGCUUCCGAUUUAAGCUCCCAUAGCUAAUAUUUCAAAUCGAAAACAUUUCCAUCUGUGUCUGUGGUAAUCUGUUCGCUGUUUUUUUUUUUUGUGUGUUGUUUCUUUAAUCCGCUCACAUCCGCCCGCUUGUCGAAGUCGAACUCGAUAUCGCUGAAAUUAUAGUCUGGCAGAUCAGACCCGGGGCGUCAUUGGUCAGUUGUGCUAAAAAUAGAAGAAAACAAAGGCAGUGUUGUGGCGAAAAGGAACGAAAAAAAGAAAGCACAUCACAAAUCAGAAGUACAGUGCAUUUGAAAACCGGAAGCGAUUGUUCUAUUUGGUAGAAAAUUUAUUUAGUAAAUUUGGAAGUUGUGAUACACCGUUUGGCACCAGUUACGACAGUGAGUUAGAAAAUUUGAAUCAAACAGUGAAACAGUGCAUACAGUUAGAAAAGGAAAAAAAAAAUCGAAAAACCUCAGGCACUGCUCAGAUCAAGAAAUUAAUUCGAAAUGCGUAGUGUUCGAAGCAGCCUUACCAUCGGACGACUGGCGAUCUAUCCGAGGAAUUCCAACAUACGGACAGGUCUGCUCUGUCUGCUAGCAUCACACCAGCACAACCAUCAGCACUGUGCUUACUCAGAUCACACCCAAUGUUGUAGUAAAGCGGGAAGUGCUUCCCACCCCACAGGACACAACCAUCAGCAGCUGCGGCGGUUCCACGUUUCGUCUACGUGCGAAAAAUCUUCCAAGGAUGGUUCAAAUACCCCCGGUGGUUCCGGUUCGGGUGGCUCGUCAGCGUCCAGUUCCGGUGGCAGUGGCAAGGACGGUAAUGGUAAAGAACCACCAAACAAGAAGAACGUCCUAUCCUGCCCAAAGUGUGGUGAUCCAUGUACCCACGUAGAAACCUUCGUCAGUUCUACGCGGUUCGUAAAAUGUGAAAAGUGUCACCACUUCUUCGUGGUGUUGAGCGAAGUGGACUCCAAGAAGACUAUCAAGGACACAGAAGCCAAGGGUCAACGGAAACCUCCGCCACCACCGAAGAAAAUCAUGGAAUACCUCGACAGGCACGUGGUUGGCCAGGAGCUGGCCAAAAAAGUCCUUUCGGUGGCUGUGUACAAUCACUACAAACGUAUCUACCACAAUCUGCCCCCACCGGCGAGCAGCGGAGGUCAAGCGGGCGCUCAGCAAAUAGAUGCAAUGUCCCGUAGUGGUGAUCUACUACAUAUCUCCGGUAUUGGCCACACCAUGAUGAGUUCGGCCCCCUCGGAAGUCCCCCGUCCACCGCUGGCUUCGUCGAAUGCUUCGCAGGCACAUCACCCCGGCUCGGAACUGCUUGAUAAGAAAACCCACGAACUCAAAUUGGAAAAGAGCAACAUUCUAAUGCUGGGCCCGACUGGUUCGGGUAAAACUCUCCUAGCGCAGACCAUCGCCAAGUGUCUGGAUGUUCCGUUUGCAAUUUGUGAUUGUACCACGCUGACACAGGCGGGUUACGUCGGUGAGGACAUCGAAAGUGUCAUCGCCAAACUGCUGCAGGAUGCCAACUACAGCGUCGAGCGUGCACAAACCGGUAUUGUGUUCUUGGACGAGGUCGACAAGAUCGGUGCCGUCCCCGGAAUCCACCAGCUGCGGGAUGUCGGCGGCGAGGGCGUCCAGCAGGGUAUGCUGAAAAUGUUGGAGGGUACCAUUGUGAAUGUGCCGGAGCGAAACUCGCCACGGAAGCUGCGGGGCGAGACCGUCCAAGUGGACACCACAAACAUUCUGUUUGUGGCAUCCGGUGCGUACACGGGACUGGAUCGGUUGAUCGCCCGGAGGCUGAACGAGAAGUAUUUGGGCUUCGGAAUGCCAGCCAGCUCCUCCGAGGGUCGCCGUGCAGCUCAAGCUUCGGCCGCGCCGAUGGACAACGACCAGGUCGAACGUGAUGCCAAUCUACGAAAAGUGCAAGCCAAGGAUUUGGUGGAAUUCGGAAUGAUUCCUGAAUUUGUCGGUCGUUUCCCGGUGCUCGUUCCGUUCCACAGCUUAGACGUGGACAUGUUGGUGCGUAUCCUGACAGAACCCCGCAACGCCCUGGUGCCACAGUACAAAGCCCUGCUGGGUAUGGAUCAAGUCGAGCUUACCUUUGCCGAAGGUGCCCUGAAGCAGAUUGCCCAGCUGGCGAUGGAGAGACAAACCGGAGCUCGUGGGUUGAGAGCGAUCAUGGAGACACUCCUGCUCGAACCGAUGUUCGAAGUGCCCGGAUCGGAUGUGCAAACCGUUCACAUCACGGAGGACUGCGUUCGGAAUCAAACCGAACCGGUCUACAUCCGUCGGAACCAGUCGAACUCGGCCAGCAGUGGACCGGAUUCGCCGAACAGCAACAGCACGUCCCAGGCCUCCGAGGAGGAAGAGAACACCAAACUGCGCGUCAAGCAGUAAGGGGGGAGGGACCACCGCCUGUGAUAAGAACACGCACGCACAUCCCGGCAACAUACAGGUAGGAAGCUUAUAUUUCUAUAGAAACAAAAUAUUUCUUUUCCCCGUGUUGUGGGUCGUUGUGGCGAUUGCGAGCUGUGCGAUCGUGGGAUGAGCAAAAAAAAAGUUUGAAAAAUAGUGCAAAAAACAUGUAAAUAGAUUGCGACUUGACCCUAAAGUUGCGCAGUUUUGGAAAGACAGCGCAGAAACAAAAAAACGUAUAAGUAAUUUGCGACAUAAAAUGUGAAAUUUUAGUUAUGUAUGAACGGUUGCAAAAGAAAAGCUAAAUCAUCAACGGAAAUCCGUUAAUUAGUGGUGUUAGGUUCCUUUUUGAGAGCGAAAGAGAAAAGAAGAGAGUGUGAGACGUUAAUUUUAUCCUUUCCCCUUUUCAUUGGUGUUCAUGACGAACACAACAUUGUGAUGUUCUAUUGGUUAUCCAAACGCUCCUUCGUAUUUGACCCAAUUCCUCCAGCUUGUUCAAAUCCCGAUUUUAUCGUACUUUAUCCCGUUUCAAUUCAUUGUCAUUUCCGUCUCAUGUUACUGUAGUUUCCGGGAGUGAUUCGAACUGACAGGGAUGCUAACCGUCAUGUGAAAUCAUUUUUUGUAGCCACCCUUCCAUUUUCUCCUCCCGCUUAACUAGCUCAUAGGGUGUUAAAAAAGUUCAGCGUGUGAAUGGACUUCUAGAGGGAGCCAGAGUGUAAAUAAUCUAAUUUUGCUGCUUAAAUGUUAGUCUGUAUGGAGUAAAAUUGCAUUAACGACAAAGAGAAUGAAGUAAACUAUAAAUAGGCUAGUGGUAGGUAAAUCAAUUCUCUCGUGAAAAGUGAAUAUAUAUUCGAAUUGUUUCGAAAA